AUGCGCACUCCGCCACAGCACUUGCUCUGCCUUCUCGCAUUCUUCCAUCUUGUCCUCUCUUUACCAGCCCCAAGGCCUGGCAAGACUACUGCCCGUCUGCCUCGCAAUACUCAACCGGCCUCUGAGACAUCAUUCAUGCCUACUGUAACUGUAUCCCUUGCAACCUUGUCCGUAUCAUCUUUGGGCUCCGCUUCCAUCACCGCGUCAUCAUCCUUCCCUGUGAGCUUCUGGCAAAGUCUAAAGAAGAUCAAUCUACUCGCCGGAGCUUUGAAUGCCUUCUCCCCGUCCAGCAAUAGCACGCCAUCUGCAGGGGCUUCCGAAGCUAUGCCAAGUGGCACCACCACGUACAAGGGCAAGAAACUCUUUGGUAUCAUCACUUGCAACUUUGGAGGAUUCGGUAAAGGCAAGAAAUGGGGUAGCGGAGGCGGAGGCGGCGGCGGCGGCGGCAGCGGAGGUAAUGGCGAUACAGGUAACGGUGGAUUUGGUGGGGAAGGUGGAGGCGGCAACGGGGACAAGAACAAUUUCAACAGUGAACAAAACGAGCACAAUGAGCAGAACGAACACAACGAUCAAACCUCGCAGAACGAGCAAAACAGCUGGAACAGCUUCUUGUCUGGCUUUGAAAAUAUCUUCCAGAGCCAAACGUGGAUGAGCAAUGCCUUCAGUACGAAAUCAUGGGAGAGCGAUUCCUGGACAUCUAAAUGGUCUUCCUUUAAUGAAUGGACGAGCGCUUGGUCCCAGACUGAAGGUUGGACUAGCACUUGGUCUUCAUACGACGGUUGGACAAGCGAUUCCUGGACCAGUGACGCCUGGACAAGUGGCGGUGCAGAUGGUAUGAGAGGCUCGAUGACUGUUCAAGAGGGCGAGCCAUCAUUCGGAGCCAGUAACGCUUGGUCGUCUACCUGGGAGUCGAGCGAAGCUUGGUCCAGUACUACUGCGGAUACCGAUAUCAACACCCAAGGCGCUCCUUCAGGAUUCCAGUUGAUCACAAUCACCGGGUCUGCGGGAUAUCCAGUCGUUACUCAGGUCCCAAUCGCAUAA